AUGAAGUGGCCCAAGGGGAAGAAGAAGAAUGGCUCGGCCAAGAAGAAGAAGGUAGGCUCACAGCAACCAACCCCCACCAAGUCUGCUGCUGCCGACCAACGGUCGCAGGUUUCCACCCCGGGCGGGAGCGCCGGCGGCUCUUUGGGGCUUGGAACGCUCCGCCUGGGGACGCUGCGAGCCGACAGCAGCAGCGCGCCCAUGUGCACCCCUACACCGACCAGUCGCAGGCAAUCCAUCUCGGAUCUCCUGGGGCCGGAUACCGACGGGGAAGGGGAGGACUUGAGCACGGUCACGGCCUCGCCGGCCCUGAGAAACAUCAUCUCCAACAGGAAGUCCUUGUCCGGGAGCUUCGACACCAAGAGGGGCAAGGGUGACUCGAUCACCACCUACACAUCAGAGGAGAAGGCGGUUUUUGCGUGCCAUCUCAACGCUCACUUGGUGGGGGAUCCGUUCCUGACCCACCUGAUGCCGCUCGACCCGGGAGGCGCGGACCUGUUCGACAGCUUCAAGGACGGGGUCCUCAUGUGCCGCAUCGUCUGCCUCGCCAUUCCCGGCUCCAUAGCUGACACCAACGUCAACACACCCACGAACGACGAGCCCCUGAGUCUGUACAAGGCCAACGAGAACCUGAACGUGGCCCUCGAAGCGGCGGAAAAACACGGACUGCAAGUCGUCAACAUCGGGGCCACGGACAUCAUCCAAGGCCGGCCGGCGAGCAUCCUAGGGCUCACGUGGCAGCUCAUCCGGAUCCACCUCCUCGCACAGAUCAACCUCAAGGGUUGUCCUGACUUAAUUCAUCUAAUGGAGGGGGGCGAGUCGAAGGAGGCUUUCUUCGAGCUCCCCGUGGAGGAGGUGCUGCUGCGCUGGUUCAACCACCACCUCCGGUGGGGGGGAAGCGAGCGGCGUGUAGCCAAUUUCGGCGAUGAUCUAGCGGACGGCAGAUGCUACGUGACUCUCAUCAAGGAGCUGAACGACAAGUUCAAGGGCGAGGAGGUGGAUCCCACCGAAGAAGAGGACGCGAAGCGGGCGCAGUUCCGCCGCGCGUGCCUGGUCAUCUCCGGGGCAGAGGGGAUCGGCCUGGCUCCCCUGAUACGCGCAAAUCACAUCACUGGCAAGGCCCACCUGUACAACAUCGCGUUCGUGGCCCAGCUGCUCAACAGGCGGCCUCGCAUCCACCGGGAGAGCCUCCACCUGGACGCUUCCGUUACCAUGCAGGCGUGGUUCCGCAUGGUGAGCGUCAUGCGGCGCACCAACCCAGUGUUGGAGGAGCGGCGGCGGUCUGCUCAGACGCUUACACGCGCGUGCCGAAGGUGGAUGACGGCCCGCAAUCGACUGCGAGCGGCGACUGCUCUACAGGCGUUGUGGAGAGGGGGCGAGGGGAGAGCGAUCGCGGCGAAUCGCAGGUUCCUCGCGGCGAAGCGUCUGGCGGACCAAGCAGAGGCAAAAGCUGCCCGACAGGCUGCCAAGCGCAAGCGGGAAGCUGCGGCUCUUCAGCGAGAGAAGGAAACGGCCGCGGCGAGAUCGAUGCAGGCGUUGGCGAGAGGAGUGGCUACCAGGCAGGCUGUCUCCGAGGCGCUGGAGUCUCGGGGCCUGCCCCUGUUGUUGGCGGAACAACGGCGCCGGGGCUCAUAUGGAUCCAACCUCAAGGGAAGCAAGGUGAUGCAGGGGAUCAGCCCUCGCACGUCGGCGGCGUCAUCCAUCCGCAUGUCAGAGGAUUCGCCGGCGGGUGAGGGAGGACAAGACCACUCGUUUGGUGGAGGGUCGAUAACUCCAGCGUACGACGGCGAAGAGCCGCAGGGGUCACCCAGCUGGUUCGACCGCGUGUUUUCGGGCAUUUCGUUCGGCAUGCCGGACAGGGGGAACAAGAACCCCAAGAGGACAGCCGCAGCGGCGGCCAUGGUCAUCCAGCGCUGGCAGCGGCGAGUGGCUGCGGCGCGAGUGGAGACGGCGAGGGCGCGACAGGAGGUGGCCAACAGGCGCUGGGCGGUUGACAAGCUUCACUCUGCCUACGCGAACAGGUGGCGCUUCGAGGUGGCCGCUCGGCGAGAGAGGCGCCAGAAGUGGGAAGAAGAGGCACGGAGGAAUAUCGGUGACAAGGGCGGGCGUGGAUUGCGCGGUCUGUGGGCGGACAUCACGAGUCUUGCUUCCAGCGAUGACUUCUUCUCGUUCAAGGGAUGGCUUGCACGACGCCAAGCCCGGCAGUUACAGCAGAAGGAUAUGGAGGAAGCGGAUGCGGACUGCUGCGACGUGGCUGGUGAGCACGUCCUCGCCUCGGAGAUCGACGCCUGGAAGCUGCCCAACCAGGUCUUCGGGGGUGCCGGGAUGGGAUGGGCGCAAGAAGAGCGAGCUCGUGCUCUGUGCAGUAUCAAGGACGAUGCCGCGUGGUCUUCUCCGGAGAAGGCUCUGUCUCCCGUGAAGGUGUUCGCGAUGGUGUCGGUUCUCCUCACAGUGGCGUUUGAGGGGGUGCUGCCGAACGCCGCAGCUAUCGGACUUUAGUGAGCUAGCAAAGCUCCGCCCUGGACCCAUUUUCUUUCUGCUUUCCGAGAAGAGAGAACUGUGUCGUACUUCAAGUUCACCCAAGUUUCAUUUGCGUAUUGAUCGUGCCGUCAGGAAGGGACACAGCACUACGUAUGAGUUAAUUACAAGUAUUGAGCCAGGCGGGACGGCCUUUUCCUACCAGAUGAACCUACGGAGUAUAGAACCACCAUUGUAGCUGACUGGAUCCGUGGGGAAUGUGAGGAGUGUCUACAGCCGCUCAACCUUGCUGGUUUUGGUGACAUGAGGUCUUUGUAGUUUACACUGGCACGAACCAACCACGGCCCACGCUGCAGAAGGCAUU